CUCUCUCGCUUCGCCGGGCUCUGGAGCGGCCGGAGAGCGCGUCGCGAGCCUCCCCGGAUGGCUUCUCUUCUUCUCUAUGUGAUGAUGCUCGCCUGGUUGGUGCCUCGGCGGUGCUGGCUCGCCCCCGGCCGGGAAGCCAGAGUCCGAGAGCUGCUCCUGUCUGGAAAGCUAAGUGAAUAUGAUGUGAUUGUGCCCUUCAGUGCAGAUCACCAGGGACGGUUCCUAUCACACACGGUGUCUGACUCACUGGCUCCUCCACAUCACUCAGGUCGACGCAGGAUGGUUCGCAGCAUCCCCGUGAGACAAGGCAUGUCUGGGAAUCACUUGUACUUCUUCAAUGUUACUGUUUUGGGGAAGGAACUGCAUCUUCGCUUGAAGCCCAACCAGAGGCUGGUAUCUCCUGGCGCAUUAGUUGAGUGGCAAGAGGAUUUCAGAGAAGUCUUUCAGGAACCCUUGAAGCAGGAAUGCAUUUUCACAGGAGGCAUCACGGGCAUGCCAGAUGCCACAGUGGCUAUUAGCAAUUGCGAUGGAUUGGCUGGUCUCAUUCGAACAGACAAUGGCGAAUUUUUCAUUGAGCCUCUGGAGAGAGGGCAGAGGGAGAAAGAAGAGGAUGGGAGAGCUCACGUGGUCUACCGCAGGUCUGCUAUCAAGCAGGAGAGAACAGAAGCAUUCACAGACUAUCGUAAUGAAGAUUUCAUCUUGGGUCAGCUGCCCCAAACUCUGAAUCUGAUUGAAGAUCAGAUUGGUGAAGCAGAUAGGAAAAGGCGGCAUGCAAAGAAGGAUGACUACAAUAUAGAGGUCCUGUUGGCUGUGGAUGAUUCGGUUGUACGGUUCCAUGGGAAGGAUCAUGUCCAGAAUUAUGUUCUCACCCUUAUGAACAUAGUAAAUGAAAUUUACCAUGAUGAAUCAUUGGGGGUCCACAUAAACAUUGUCCUUGUUAGAAUGAUCAUGGUGGGAUACAGACAGUCCAUCACUUUAAUAGAGCGAGGGAACCCAUCUCGAAGUUUGGAGCAGGUAUGCCGCUGGGCUCAUUCUCAACAGCGUUCAGAUCCAGCACACGCUGAAUACCAUGAUCAUGCUGUAUUCCUCACCAGGCAAGAUUUUGGUCCUGCAGGAUAUGCUCCUGUCACUGGCAUGUGCCACCCUCUGCGUAGCUGCACUCUUAACCAUGAAGAUGGAUUUUCUUCAGCCUUUGUAGUUGCUCAUGAGACUGGACAUGUGUUAGGUAUGGAACAUGAUGGCCAAGGUAACCGAUGUGCCGAUGAGACCGGCAUGGGCAGUAUUAUGGCACCACUGGUGCAAGCUGCAUUUCACCGUUAUCACUGGUCCCGAUGUAGUAAACAGGAGUUGAACCGUUAUAUACAUUCUUAUGACUGCCUCUUAGAUGAUCCUUUUAUGCAGGACUGGCCUGAGCUGCCAGAGCUGCCAGGAAUGGAUUAUUCUAUGGAUGAGCAAUGCCGCUUUGACUUUGGUGUGGGAUACAAAACAUGCACAGCUUUCAGAACUUUUGACCCUUGCAAACAACUGUGGUGCAGCCAUCCAGACAACCCUUAUUUCUGUAAAACAAAGAAAGGACCACCCUUGGAUGGAACGGAGUGUGCAUCAGGCCAGUGGUGUUUCAAGGGUCACUGCAUCUGGAAGACUUCAGAACAACCUUACAGCCAGGAUGGCAGCUGGAGUUCCUGGUCCAAAUUUGGUUCCUGCUCCAGGACUUGUGGGGGUGGGGUGCGUUCCCGCAGCAGGAACUGCAACAAACCACCCCCAGCUUAUGGUGGCCGUCAGUGUCCAGGUGCCAUGUAUGAAUAUCAGGUCUGCAAUACAGAAGAGUGCCAAGGUCCCUUUGAGGAUUUUCGUGCUCAGCAGUGUUCCAAGCGGAACUCUUAUUACACGCAUGAAAACUCUAAACACACUUGGCUUCCCUACGAACAUCCUGAUGAUCCCCAGAAGUGUGAACUGAUUUGCCAGUCCGAGAAAACGGGGGAUGUGGUAUUUAUGAAUCAGGUUGUACAUGAUGGUACCAGGUGCACCUAUAGAGACCCAUACAGUAUCUGUGUAAGGGGUGAAUGUGUGCAUGUUGGGUGUGACAAAGAAAUUGGCUCUCUGAAGGAGGAUGACAAGUGUGGUGUUUGUGGGGGUGACAAUUCCCACUGUCGGACAGUGAAGGGAACUUUGGUCAAAACUCCCAAACUGCCAGUGGGUGCUCUGAAAAUGUUUGAGAUUCCAGUAGGUGCCAGGCAUGUUCAGAUUGAAGAGUUGGAGCCUGCAUCCCAUACAAUUGCUGUCAAGAACCAGGGAUCUGAUGACUUCAUUAUCAAUCCCAGCGCCAAAGGGGUCAAGAGCCAUACCUUCCUCAAGCUGGGCUUGGAAUGGGAAUAUACCACUGAGAAUGGCAAGGAAAGCUUGAAGACUAGUGGCCCCCUUCAUGAGGCUAUCAAUGUUCUGGUCAUCCCACAAGAUGAUAAUUCCAAAAGCAGCUUGAUGUAUAAGUACAUAAUUCAUGAAGAUCUCCUCCCCGUCAUUGGAAACAAUAAUGUCCUUCUUGAAGAAAUGGAUAUCUAUGAGUGGGCUCUUAAGGGCUGGUCUCAGUGCUCAAAAACUUGUGGAGGAGGAAUACAGUACACCAAGUAUGGAUGCCGGAGGAAGAACGAUAACCGAAUGGUACACCGGUACUUCUGUGUCAAUGGAAAAAAACCGAAGCCAAUCCGGAGAAGAUGUAAUGUGCAAGACUGCUCUCAACCAAUCUGGGGGGUUGAGCAGUGGGGUGCUUGCAGCAAGUCCUGUGGCAAGCUGGGGGUCCAGAUCAGAGUGGUGCAGUGCAUACAACAGCUGCACAAUGGCACAAACCAGACAGUGCAUUCAAAGUACUGCGCAGGAGAGAAACCAGAUACUCGUCGGCCUUGCAGCCGCAUCCCAUGUCCUGCCCAAUGGAGGAUGGGGGCCUGGUCCCAGUGCUCAGUCAGCUGUGGAGAAGGCAUUCAACAACGCCAAGUGGUCUGCAAGUCCAAUGACAAUAGCAUUGCUCAGUGUGAUGGUGAGAAGCCAGAGGCUUUCCAAGUUUGCAAACUGGAAGCAUGCCCAGGAAAGACACCAAAUGUCACAGCAAAUGCAAACACCAGCAACCACGUGACUCCUCAGGUUCAGUGGGUUUCACGGGAGAGUGUCAAAAGUCCUGUUAGCAAGGUAUCGUCAAAGGAGUCUUGCCUUGGGGACAAGUCUGUAUUCUGCCAAAUGGAAGUCCUGGCUCGUUACUGCUCCAUUCCAGGCUACAACAAGGUGUGCUGUGAAUCCUGCAGCAAGAAAGUUGCCACUACUCGGCCUCCUAGCAUUGAUCGCAGAGCCCCUGAGACUGAAGUACAGGAGGGGGCUGUCCUUCCCAGCCCUUUGCCACCACUGCCUUCCUACCCCACUGUUGUGAGUCAUCUGCAAAGGAUAAAGACCACCACUUCAAAGGAGAAAGGGGCAGUCCAUCCCUUGCUCAUCACACUUGCCAGUUUAACAGCCCACAGCAUCUGCCAUGUGACUACUCCUUGGCACUGUCCUGGCAGCAGCUCCACAAGAACUAGAAGAUCAGGUCUCCUGUCUUCUCUUCACCGGGUGAGAGCUGGGUGGACUCCUGAGGACCUCCAGAUUAACUCAACAUUCCAAUGGUUCCCUGUGGUGUUGGACAAAAUUUUAGCUGCAUCACAGAGAGAAAGCAAAUCCUCUCGUGUCUCUCCAGGUGUGGCAGAACAGGAAGGAGACAGUGGGGUGUCAGAACAGCCAGCUGCCAUUCUUAGGACCUCCUCCCUGGCAUUGACAUGAGCAUGGCUUCCCUUUGCUAGAACUUCAUCUCUCUGUCUCUCUCUCCCCCCACAGAUUCUGUGGGGCACAGUCAAGACAUUUCUCAGUUCCUUCCUAAAGCUGAAGAAAUACCAAUUCAAAGCAAUACCCUAUUCAUUUAUAUUAGCAACAACAAUUUUGCUGUUUUGUAGCACUUUUCUAAAGGUUUAAAAGGAAAAGAAAAGCCAGAAGCAAAUGGGUAUAGUUAUAGCUGCCAUUACGUUACGAAUGAGAAGCCAAGAGUGAUUGAAUACCCAGCCCCUGUAGGUUAUUU